AUGCGGUUCAUAUCGCUUCUCACCUGCUUCGUCGCCUUUCUGGCGCCGCUAGCCUCCGCCAUUCAGCUCCUUGAAUCCAAUGCACUCAGCGUGUGCAUGGAAAGUAGCAACUUCACGGCAACAUAUUUCAACGUUGUCUUUUAUCCGGGAAACAAUUCUCUUGUCGUCGGCCUCGAUGGCGUCUCAUACAUCGAGGGUAAGGUUGUUGCGGAGGUAACCCUUACUGCGUAUGGCUACGAGGCAUACAAGAGCACCCUUGAUCCUUGUUCGAUUACUGGCAUGGGUAUGUGUCCCAUGGCCUCUGGACCCUUGGAUUUGGGACCACUUUCUCUCGACCUGCCAGCAGGCACUUCAGAUAAAAUUCCUGGUAUUGCCUACACAGUGCCUGAUCUUGACGCGAAUGUGCGGAUUGUUAUCAAGACAGCCAGCACCAAAGAAAAGAUUGGUUGUGUCGAGGCCUCGCUUUCUAACGGCAAGACCGUUAAUCAAGCCGGAGUCUCUUGGACAACCGCUGUUAUCUCCGGACUAGGUCUCGCUGCAUCCGCCAUUACCUCCGGGCUCGGCCAUUCUAACACCGCGGCUCACGUCGCGGCAAAUGCACUCUCUCUUUUCGGUUUCAUGCAGUCACAAGCAAUUAUCGGCAUGACCUCGGUUCAUAUGCCCCCGAUCGUGGAGUCCUGGACCCAGAACUUCCAGUGGAGCAUGGGUAUCAUCCCCGUUGGAUUCAUCCAGACGAUCGCCACCUGGUAUCAGCGGUCAACCGGUGGAACUCCAUCCACAGUCCUGUCACAGCUUGGGGAUACUUCUGUGGAGGUUCUCAGGCGCCGCAAGCGUGACUUCGCUGACCCAGCAAUGAACCUCUUGAGGAGAGCCACGGGUUUGGCCAAGAGAGCCGACACAAGCCAGAAACUCCUUGUCAUUCGAGGAAUUGAUCGUGUUGGAUUCCGUGCGGGCAUGGAGGAGACUAACAUUUUCCUCACUGGCCUAAUUUUCUUUGCGGUCUUCACCUGCAUUGUUGUCAUCAUCGUUGCAGCCUUCAAGGGAAUUACUGAGCUACUUGUCAAGAAUGGCAAAAUGAAGAGUGAACGGUUCCAGGACUUCCGCCAUGGAUGGAAGAUCGUUCUGCGUGGUAUCUUGUUCCGACUGACUCUCAUCGGUUUGCCCCAAAUGUCUGUUCUUUGCCUCUGGGAGUUCACUCAGCGUGACUCGCCUGCCGAGGUGGUUUUGGCAGCGGUUAUGCUCCUUUCCAUGCUCGUCUCUCUUGGAUGGGCCUCUCAGAAGGUUGUUCGGCUGGCAAAGCGUUCCGUGACCAUGCACAAGAACCCAGCAUACAUUCUUUACUCCGACCCUACCUGUCUGAACAAGUGGGGCUUUUUGUAUGUGCAGUACCGGGCAACCGCAUACUACUUCGUCAUUCCGUUCCUCAUCUACACCUUGAUCAAGGGUAUGUUCAUCGGUCUGAGUCAACCUGCACCGGUCGUUCAGACAGUGGCUUUAGUUAUCCUUGAGCUAGCCAUGCUGGUUGCUGUCUGCGUUCUCCGUCCGUGGAUGGAUAAGAAGACUAAUGUUUUCAACAUCUCUAUUGCUGUUAUCAAUUUCCUCAACUCCAUCUUCCUCCUCGUUUUCUCAGAUGUCUUCGACCCUCCCGGAAUGAUGAUCGGUGUCAUGGGUGUCGUCUUCUUCGUUUACAAUGCCGUGUUCUCUUUGGUCCUUUUGAUCCUGGUUCUGAUCGCCUCGGUUUAUGCCGUUGUGUCUAAGAACCCCGAUACUCGCUACCAGCCAAUGCGCGACGAUCGUGGUUCAUUCAUCAAGGACCAAACCCAGCUUACUACUGAAUUGGAUGCCUUGGGUGCUACAGCGCGUGGUGAUAUGAAGCCCGGGCAAUAUAACAACAACCACAACCCAUUUGACGAUGAUAGCGCUUCUAUCUCCAGUGGAAACGGUGCUAGCGUCGGCCGUCAAAUGGAGUCAACCUACCCACCGCAAUCAACCUACCCGCCGCACGGCUCUGCUGCCCAAGCGCCUCGGUCACCUGUUGACCCAUCUGUGCCACUGUUCCCCAGUGGCACGUCUGGUCACCACAAUCCUCCCCCCGGAUACGACAAUUUCGGUCGGUCCCCUUCACCCGCCGGAAGGGGCUAUGAUAACACCUCUCCUGUUGGCCAAUCUGCUCUGUCGACAACAUAUCGAGCCCAGAACAACGCCAGUCCUUGGCAAAGGGGCGCUGGCUAUGACCAUUAA